UCCCCCAGCCGGCCCGGUGAAGCGCCCUGCACCUCGUCUGCCGGGGGCUGAGCCGCCGGGAACCUCCCCGCGUCUCCAUGGCGAAGCGUCGCAAAGCAGCCGCGCAGCACCCAGCCCGGCUGGUGCGAGAGGCCCAGCGACGGCCUCUUCUAGCAAGAAUGGCAGAGCCUGGGCCCGAGGCUCCGUGUCCUUCUCAAUGCGGCCACAAGAUCCUGCCAACAGGUGAUACCGAUCGGGAUUCCUACGCCACCACGACGAAGACUGCGUUCACACCUAAGACAGGAGCAGUGCCUGCUUUAAUUAGUCAGAAAAGUACCAGAAGAUUAGGAUAUACAUAUUCACUUAGUUAUCCUGUUCCCAACCAGACACAGUACAAUGAUGAGUAUGUUUGGAAAUCAUAUUCUAAAGAAGAUUUGAUCAACAUUGGAACCUCAAGAGGAAUCAAGAACCACAAAUCUUAUUACCCCAGUCAAUUGGUGUUGUAUGAUGUGCCUCUGAACCAACAUUUUGUAGCAAGAAUUAGGGAUGAACUCGCUCCAGCUCAAAAGAUUAAGCAACAUUCUCAGAUGUUUCUGGAAUGGAAAACCUUACUUCCCCGACCAGCAGACACUGAAUCUCGAUGGAAUUACCAAAUUCCAGCUAAAAUUCCUGAGCUUCAGGAUUUUAGUUUCAAAUAUGGAUGUUACUCAAGCCUACCCAUUGCUUCUCAGGGUCUAGACCGACAGAUUCUUGAUCGCUUUAUUUACUCUUACUGUGAUGUUGACAAAGGGACAGAUUAA